AUGAACUCUACUCCAGUCACUCAUUUUGUUCUAGGAGCUUACAUAGACAUUGGAUCUUUAAAAUACUUAUGCUUCCUAGUUUUACUGCUCAUGUACAGCGCUAUUCUUUUAUGCAACAUAGUCCUCAUUGUCCUUAUAUGUUUGAAUAGAAACCUUCACGAACCAAUGUUUAUUUUCCUCUGUAGUUUGUUCUUUAAUGAAUUGUAUGGCAGUGCUGCAAUUUUCCCAGUACUUUUGAUCCAGGUCCUUCAAGAUGUCCAUGUAGUUUCGACCUUGGUGUGCUUACUACAGAUAUUCGUCUUGUAUUCCUAUGGUGGGAUUGAGUUUGCAAUGCUUGCUGUUAUGUCAUAUGACCGUUACCUCGCUAUUUGUCACCCCCUUCAGUACGGUUCAAGAAUGACGCCAAAUAAAAUAGCAUUUCUGACAGCUCUGAGUUGGUGCUACCCUCUUAUGAUGAACUUGUUUAUAACAUAUGGUCUUACUGCUCCACUCACCCUCUGCGGAAACAUCAUCCAUAAAGUUUACUGCGAUAACUACUGGGUGGUGAGACUGAGUUGCUUUGACACCCGUCUCAAUAAUGUCUUUGGACUUACUCAUAUGUUUUCUGUCAUCUUGGGCCUCGUUUUACUCAUUAUCUACACAUAUAUUCGAAUCUUACGUGUAUGUUUCAAUGGGUCUAGGCAGACUCGACAGAAAGCACUAAGCACGUGCACACCUCACCUGCUCUCCCUGAUUAACUUCUCCUUUGGGGCAUUCUUCGAAAUAGUGCAAAGCCGCUUUAAUAUGGGAAGUCUGUCCAACCCCCUGCGAAUAUUCCUGUCUCUAUACUGGCUCAGUGUGCAGCCCCUGGCCAACCCCCUCCUGUAUGGACUCAGGAUGACCAAGGUCCGACUUAUCCUUAGAAUGCUGCUUUUUGGAAAGUGA